AUGUGGUGCAGCUGUAGCCUCCCCCUCCACUGGGCUCAGAUGGGUGCUGCUUGUGUUCAGCUCCUGUUGGCUGCCACCCUGUGGAUGGAGCCUCACAUGGGAGCUGCUGCUGCUGUGCUGUCGAGCUCAACUGAGCUGCUCAACACGACCAAGGCUGGAGCUGAGACACAGGCUGACUUCAGGGUGCUCACUGGAGAUGUGGCUGCACCUCGCAGAAGACGUAAGCGAGCCAUUUCCUCCAGAGAGAUCAAUGCCCUGCUGGAUUACCACAACCGAGUCCGCUCUCAGGUCCUUCCCCCUGCAGCUAAUAUGGAGUUCAUGCUCUGGGAUGAGGGACUUGCUAAGUCAGCUGACUCUUGGGCUUCACAAUGCAUUUGGGAUCACGGUCCGACACACGCCAUGAAAUACAUGGGACAAAACCUGUCAAUCACUUCAGGAAGGUACCAGUCCAUCACUGAUCUGGUCAAGUCCUGGUACGAUGAGAGGCACCACUUCUCCUACCCGAACAGAUGCAGUGGGUCUGUGUGCUCUCACUACACACAGAUGGUGUGGGCGAGCACCAACAGAGUGGGGUGUGCUGUCAGGAAGUGCUCUAACCUAUACGUGUUUGGGAGCACCUGGAGGGAGGCGACACUGCUGGUCUGCAACUACUCUAUAAAAGGAAAUUGGGUUGGAGAGGUUCCCUAUAAGAGCGGGAGGCCUUGCUCUGGCUGUCCAUCCAGCUAUGGCGGCUCCUGCUGGAGAAACCAGUGCUCACCAAACACAAAACCCAAAAGACUUACAAGAUAUUAA